AUGAAUAAAUUAAUCGCCACUUUACCCUUAAUUGCUUUACUUAUUGCAGGUAGUGCCUUCUAUUUGGCUAAAUCCAACAACUAAUUAGAAGCUGCUGUCGCCAUCUCUAAUAACUUAUCCUUCUUCGACUGGGCUAAAUGUUACUCUAACAUAACCGCUUCUUCUAAUAAUUGCACCAAUUCUGAUGGAUACAACACUGCCGCUGGUAGAUUCGCUAACCUCACCAACAGCUUAUCUGAAAAUAUUAUUGCUCCUUGCAAGAAUUUCACCAACUAUUUCUUGAAUGCAACUGCUGACCAAGCUGUUAACUUAAAUAGCUACUUCACUAAUUGUUUCUUCAACGAUUAAGUUCUUUCUAUUGCUCAAUCAGACUCAUGCUUCUAUAACAACUAUUUCGCUCCAAUUUAUUUGACCUGUACUCAAACUACCUUAAAGUCUUUCUUCAAUAAUAUUAAGAACGAAGAAGGAGUUAAUUUCGCCUAAUUGGGUGGAUGUUAAUAUAACAUUACUUCUUAAGCUCAACAACCAUGCUAAUCAACUGAUGACUACUGGGCAGCUGCUGGAAAAUUCAAUGCUUUAACAUAUCCUGAUUUCGUAGCUAAUUAAACUUUGUCUAGUGCUUGCUAAAAUUACUACAAUUAUCGUGGAUCUGCUUUGGCUGAUUCCAUAGUUAAUAAAGAUGGUUAUUACCAUGAUUGCUUUAUUACUAAUGAAACCUAAGCUAUUGCCUAAUCAAACGAUUGCUUUAACACCUAUUACUAUUAACCCAUUUUUGUUAAAUGCGCUGGUUUCUGA